AUGGCUACAUUUUUCGAUCAAACUCAGCGCAGCGGCGCCUAUAGCUACGAGACGCUCGCCAGUGCCACAUUGCCCAUGGACGAUGCGGCCCACUUGUCCACACACCAUGACGAGAACCUCUUUGGAUUCUUCUCUUCCUCAUUGCCCUCCCAACACUCGUCUCCCUUCUCCCCGCCCUCAGAAUAUGGGGCCACUGACACAUAUCCCGACUUCAGUGGCCCAUCAUCCCUGGCCGCAACCGAGGAUGACCUGUAUGCCGGUGUCCACUACGGCACACAACAAGUCGACACGCCCGUCGCCGCCGAGAUGGGCUAUGACAGCAGACCGGCCCAAACGUGGGCACCAGCACCAAGCCGGAUGCAAGGAGCAUACUGGCUGUCUGAGGUACGGGGCGACGUCGCCCCCGUCGCCCAUGACCCCGCCGCAUUUGAAUCGCCUGUUCACACAGGCGAAGCAUACAACACUCUGGCGGAUGGCCCAGCCACCGAGGUCAUUCACGAUUCGCUAACCGCAUCGAUGGAUGCGGUAGCUAACUAUGCCCCUGUGCGAACGAAACAGAAGCGUCGUGCAGAAGGCGACGUGGACAAAGGCCGCAUACAGAAGCGGCCAAGACAUACGGUGGAUCCUACACCCAAAGGGAAGAGGACGCCACCAGAUCCACGGACAGGCCUUGCCCCACCAGGCGAGACCUUGUUCCAAACCAGAGAUAAAUACAAGACCGUCGACCUCGAGGAUUCCCCUCGAGACCGACAAACCCUCGCAAGUGUACCACCAGCUGAAACAAGGGCUAACAUACAGCGAGGACCCAACCGUCCGACGGCGCGCGCGACCAAGGCCGCGCCUGAGCUCGAGCCGGAGGUACCAGGUGAGGAUGGGAGAAAGGUGAGGAAAAAAGUGGCCACGCCAGGGAAGAAAACGAUCAUCUGCGCAUGGCCAGUGUGCUUGGAGACGGGGAAGAUGUGCACGAAGAAGUAUGGGAGGCAGCACGACAUGCUCCGGCACGUCCAAUCCAAGCACCUGCGCAUCCCGCGCGAGUGCCCCAAUUGCGGGACGUACGUCCUUCGUGAGCUGAGCGCGCACCAGAGGCGCGGGACGUGCGUCCGGGCGGGAAAAUGGUCGGCGUUGGCGAGGGAGAUGAAGGCGCAGAGUUUCCUGGAGCAGAAGGAGGUGACCGGGGUUGUGGGGGGAGAGAAGCUGCUGGAUCGUGAGGUGCGGUCGCUCCUGGAGGCGAUCCGGGGCCUUAUAGAGGCUGGCCGGUCGCAGCCAGACGACAUUGAAGACGGGAUCGAUGGCUGGAUGAAGCGGCACAUGAGGCACAGCUCAGCACGUGCCAUUGCGACGCCUCCUAUCACCAGCUCCUACCCUCUCCUACCCUCGCCUGCCGCCGAGUUGCCACCUCGAUGGCUGCGCGAUUACCUCGAGAAUCCGUCGAAUUUCGAGCAGCUGACUGCAACGCAUGCUCGAUUGAACGCGUUCCCCACCAUCCCAGCACGCACCCGUCUCGUAAACAUGUGGCCUCGGAAGCGGCACUCCUCCCGCAGCAUCCGUUCAGAAGAGGCUCGCCCCUCGACAUCUGCACGUCACACGUGCAUCGACACGGGUGCCCGCGGGCCCUUCCUAAGUACUGUACCUACAGCACCAGAGAAAUUCCGCCGCAUCGACGUCGGACCGCGAGCGCCUCGAGGCCUCGAGCGCAUCAAAACCCUACGGACAGAACGACAGAACGCCAGAACGCGGCUCGGCUCGGCUCGCGAAGGGCGUCGGGACUCGGUACUGUACUAUCCUGCGUCGGUGCUCUGGGAGGGAGGAAGACGCGGCGCGCUCAGCGGCCCUCCGACGAUCAGCCAGCACUUACUCACUCACGCACGCCGCCCCAGCUCAAACACUCGAAAACGCGCCGCAAUCAAAAAAAAAGAUAAUCCCGCCGCGCGCCCGCGGCUCGCGGCUCGCGCAGAAACGCCAUCGCCAAGUGAGCCGCCCACCCGCCGCCCACCCGCCGACCUGCCCGUCCGCCCGUCCGCCCGCCCGCAGUACCGCACGACGUCGAAAGCGGGCGGCCCACUCGAAGCAGCGGGGUCGAAAAUCUCAAGACGCACCCCGAUAGCACAUCAACCACGCUCUAUCAACGCCGACCCCGCCCGAGGGACAUGCAGAUUACACAGUGCAGUAGGCUGCAGCAGGCUGCAGUCCUUGCCCGCCGUGACGUCGGGGCCCCGGUCCCAAGACAGCAACCCGCCUACGGAUGUACUAUGUAGUACCGUUUUGUCCGGCGCGACUGCGCUCGUACAGUAUCAGCACAGCAAAACAAAGCAAGGCAAGGCAAGGCAGGGCAAGGCAAAGUAA